UCUCUCUCUCUUCCUUUCUUUUGCGCCCUUUCAUCGUACUCGGAGGAGGAAUCUUUCAAGCUCAUACUGAAUCGAAUUCGGAAAGCUGAGGCCCUAAACCCUAAUCUCAGAGAUCGGUCAUGGCUUCUUCUAAAGAGCGUGAAAACUACGUUUACAUCGCUAAGCUCGCCGAACAGGCCGAGCGCUAUGAUGAAAUGGUAGAUUCGAUGAAGAACGUCGCGAAACUCGAUGUCGAAUUGACUGUGGAGGAGAGGAAUUUGCUCUCCGUUGGCUACAAGAACAUCAUUGGUGCUCGUAGGGCUUCAUGGAGGAUCCUUUCAUCUAUCGAGCAGAAGGAGGAGGCCAAGGGGAACGAGGUGAACGCGAAACGGAUCAAGGAGUACCGACAGAAGGUCGAGUCGGAGCUCUCCAGCAUUUGUAACGAUAUCAUGACUGUGAUCGAUGAGCAUCUGAUUCCUUCGUCUUCUGCUGGAGAAUCAACCGUUUUCUACUAUAAGAUGAAAGGGGAUUAUUAUCGUUAUCUUGCAGAGUUCAAGGCUGGUAACGAGAGGAAAGAGGUUGCUGAUCGGUCACUCAAAGCAUAUCAGACAGCCUUCAGUACAGCAGAAUCUGAUUUGUCUCCUACCCAUCCAAUCCGUUUGGGUUUGGCAUUGAAUUUCUCUGUCUUCUAUUAUGAGAUAAUGAAUUCACCUGAAAGGGCCUGCCACCUUGCCAAGCAAGCUUUCGAUGAAGCAAUUUCAGAGCUGGAUACCCUAAGUGAGGAAUCCUACAAAGAUAGCACAUUAAUUAUGCAGCUUCUGAGGGACAACCUUACCUUGUGGACUUCUGAUAUUCCGGAGGAUGGAGCGGAUGACCCCCAGAAGAUGGACAUUGGUGCCAAAGCUGGCGGAGAUGAGGAUGCAAAGUGAAGCGGACAACCAUAGCUCCCUAAUGGUGUAAGACCGGGAAAAGUGUUGCCUGCUUGGAUGUCUUGGGAUCUUGUUGCUUUAGUCGAGAGAAUCUUGAAUAUCUUUCCCUUUUUUCAUGGAAAAAUAUUUAUCCCUCUGAUCCUUAUUAUUGUGUGCUCUGCUUAUUGUUUGUCAUGAUAGUUUGAUGUUUGGACGUGAUCAGUCCCGUUUGAGCCGUCUCCCAUCUGCUAUGUUGGAUGAAAUUUAAAGGGUUGGCGUGGUUGCUUUA